AUGGGUAUCAAGAAACUUUUUAAAAUAAAACCUCCAGAGGACAUUAGUCCCGAGCAAAACAGAAAAAAGCUUUUGGAACAGGGAAUUCCAGUGAAAGAUACCGUGCCAAGGUCAAGGGAAAGGUUUUCAGCAUAUGGGAAGUACGCAUCUGAUAGGACCCAACAUAGACAGUAUGCUCCCUCGGGGUACGAAGCGGAGGGAUACCAUUCACAGGGUCAUAUGAGUAAUGAAGAAGCAGACCUGGAAUCUUUAAACAAGGCACCAUUCGACCCAUACGAGACAAGCACCUCUUCUCUGAAUAGAAAAGCGAUUGACCCCUAUGCUGUUGUUUCAUCCGAUUUGAGUUAUGGUGAGAGAUCAAAUACGCGCCAAAGCAACACUUAUACUUCUACCGAAACUUACUCAUCACUUGACACCGGUCAAAGCAAGAAUGACGGUAGUAACCCUUAUGCAUGCAUGAAAGACGAUGUUUACAGUAGUGGCUCAUUCUCACUCACCGGUAAACGCCAGCUUAGAACGCAGUCGGAGGAUACUGUAAAGAGAGCACAAAAAAAUAGUCAGCGUGACGGUUUAGAUGAGUUGGAUUUGAAUGCAGUGAUAGACCACCCAUCGGAUGCGGACGAUUUGAAUAAUUCUAUACACGAGGAACAGUCAUAUAACGGUGAAAGCAAGGGCUUUAGGACCUUUGAAGAUGUGCAACGUGAAGCGGCUUUGCGGGAACAGCAAAUGGAAGAUGAAGAUGUGGACGAGAUUAAGCGAGAGAUACGGUUUACUAAGCAAAGUUCAGUUGCUUCUACUCGUAACACUUUAAAGAUGGCACAAGAUGCAGAAGUUUCAGGAACGAAUACCUUAGGAAUGUUGGGGCAUCAGAGCGAAAAAUUGAAUGAUGUAGAGCAGAAUCUACAUCUGAUUAAAAUGCAAAACCGUGCUGCAGAAAAUAACGUUGCAGAGUUGAAAAAGCUCAAUCGUAACAUUCUAGCAGUUCAUGUAGGCAACCCUUUCACUAGCAAGCGUAAGAUGAGAGAAGCAGAAGCGAGAAUAAAAUCCCAGAAGAGAAUAGACAAUUAUCAGCAGGAAGAACUGAAUUCCAACUUCGUGCAGUCUACUAGAAGAAUUGAAAGUGCUUUAAAAUCUGAAUCUGGCAUUCGCGAGCGGUACGAAAGAGAUCGUGUCUUAGAUCGCGCAAAGCAAUACCAAUUCGAACAAGAUGAAGAGGACAAUGAGAUGGAACUUGAAAUCAGUCGUAACUUGGACAAAAUCGGGCAGGUCAGCAGCCGUUUGAGAAAGCUCGCGCUCUCUACCGGGCAAGAAGUGGAUGCUCAGAGAAGGCGGAUUGAGAAAAUCGAGGAGGAUGCUGACGGUCUUGAUGUGCGUAUUCAUAUGAAUACUUCCAAGAUGACAAACAUUAGAUAA